AUGGCGGACCGCAACAAAGGACGCAGAAACAGGGAAGAAAUUUCACAAGAAUUAAAGACUCCUAAAUUAGAGAAAGAAAGAUUGGUAGAGAUGCGUGGCGGAGGAAAUAGAGCACCUCAGGCCUUAUACAGACCAGGGAGUGGCCCUUUACGUAAGUCGGACAGAUCUAACAGCAUUGCCGACGAAUAUGAUAAUGAAAAUGGCUCACAAGAAAAAUCUAGAUUGACCUCCGUCCAGUAUCAUCCGAGACAGUCUCAACCUAAUAGAGCAAAUCAGGCACAAAAUAGUCCACCUCUAUCACAAAUCGAUAAUGUAGCUAAAAAAUUGGACAAUACCCAUAUUAACUAUAGAAAUAGCAGCAAUAGCGAAUCAGUACAAAAUCCUAGUAACAACUCUGACGGAGGAGCAGGUAGAAACGAUCCAAAAAAGAAAAAUAGGAAACCUGAACAGUUGUUAUAUGUACCAAAAAAAGUGAAAGAAGCAUUGGCUGAACAGGAUGGAAUUAACAGAUCUCCCAGCCAUACUACAUGGGAUCGAGAGAGAGAAGAGAGUAAUGAUCGCGAUUCACAUUCAAAUCGUAAUCACAAAAGCGAUCGCAAUCGUGCGAGUAGUCACACUAUGCGAGACAAUGAAAGUGAAAGCAGAAGUAGAGAUGACACUAAUAAACGAUAUUCGGGCAAUCGUCGACAUCGUCAUGCAAAUGAGAAUGAAGAACGUUAUUGGCGAACCGAAUCGCCGGCAUCCGCUAGAAACUGUGCUAAUCGAAAGGAUAAUUCACGUGAAGUUAGACAGGGCUCGGAACCUUUAUCUUUGACCAACCAGAAUGAUUUUAAUCGUACGCGAGACACUCGCAGUGUAGAGCCUGUUGGACAUUCGGAUAAGUUUCAAGGAAAGCCACCAUCAGGUCGACGCAAUCCAAAAGACACUUUAUCGAAAAAUAUCAAGUUAGAUCUCUUGCCACCACGAUUACAAAAAAAAUAUCUCCUUGAUAAUGGAUAUGCAUUACCUAGCAACAUUCCAGGCACGUCCACAGAGGACUCCUGGAAUGGUAGCAGCAUUACAUUUCAGGGUUUAUCCAGUUAUAAUUAUCCAUUAUCUAUGCAGCAUUCACAAACAUUGCAAAAUCUGCCACCAUCUGGAUUGUUGCAAUCUCCGCAAUCUAAUUGGACUAACACCGUUCCAACGAGAAGCAGAGGUAGAGGUAGACUUAGACCCGAGGAAUUUGAUAGUACAACUGGUAGUAUUUUUAGGCCUGUUACACCUGACCAAUAUUCGGCUCCAAGUUCCAGAUCUCAUACUCCUAGCCAAGAAUACAUAAAUAAUAUACGGUCUUAUGAUCGCCGUGGUAGCAAUAGCACUAUGUAUACAAGUAUAGAAAGCUUAAGUCGUGCCGAUAGCAUAAUGAUACCUCCACCUUUAUCUGCAUCGCCUGCAACUUCACAAUCAAAUUCGAACAGAGGUCACAGAUCACCUGAGAAUCAUCGCAGAAGCGCAAUAUCACCAAUAGACGAUCGCACUAAUAACAUGCAAAGAACAAUCACCAGUAAUGCCUAUGAAUACAAUUUGAAUAUGGACAAGCAGAAUAAUCAACAAAACACGAAUCUUAGUUCCACGAAAAACGAGUCAUGUAAUAAAUCAUCUUAUACCACAUCUGAGACAUUUGAUUGGAGUGAAGAAGUUGAAUUAAAUGAAAAGUUAGAACAGGAACAUUUGAGUCGUAGUUCAUCCAUAUUAAGCAUACGAGAAAGCACAAGUGUGCUGCGAAGUCAGGCUGUGGGCGAGAGUCAUAGGCGACGUAAAAAAAAAAAACGUGAUAAACAUCGUGAUGCUGAUCGUGGCAGUAGCCGAGAUAAAGGACGAGGUAAUAGCCGCGAACGUCAAAAAAAUCAACAGAAUAGAGAGAAUGAUAACUAUAAUAAUAAUCAAAAGAAUAGUAAUAGUAGUAGUAGUAGUAGUAGGCGAUAUGACCACAGGAGACGUAAUAUCAUUCAACGUAGCCGAGAAUCGAGUAAAGACAGAAAUUAUAGUAACAGCUAUAGAAAUUUUGACGAGCUUCACAGGCGCAGAACUGAUAGAUACUUAGAUGAAGAUUGGAGAACAGGUAGGAAGAUAUCGACUUGCGAGUCGGAUGACGGAAGACAAACUCCUAAAGUUUCUUCCCACACCGCUCCACUUUCGAGUGUGAAUUCAAACUCUACAGUACACCGAUCAUCUCCGACGGGAUAUAGUAAUGCCCCGGGUGUCUUGAUCUUGCCUAACGAGACUAGUCAGUCGUCUCCUAAUCAGACAGCUACAACUUCUCAACAAGGAACUGGGCAACAACAGCAGAGAACGCUAUUUGACCCUAAUAAUCCACAUAAACCUAUUGUUAUUACUUCACCCGGAAGUAGAGCAGCUGUUCAAAGGGAUAAUGACAUGCAAGUCUCAAGCGUUCCAGUAUUUCAAUCUAAUGUAGGUAUCACAUCACCACAUUAUUCUUUUCAUGGUGCCCAACUGGAUGGUAUGCCACCACCAUACAUGAACGAUCAAAUCGGAAAUGUGAGACCUCCGUGGUAUGAACCGUUCUCUGCUAGUUUUCAUUCAGCAAAGAAUCAUUGUCUUUUAUUGGACAUUGAACGUGCUGAUCUGGAAUUACAAUGGAUAAUAAGUUCCGGUGGCUUUACCUCGCGUUUGGAUAGAGUCUCAUAUAUACGACACUUUCUUCAACAGAGCUUAAAGAUCUUGCUCGAGACUGAUAUCAAAUUCUGUCAAGCGGAGAAUGUUGAGCAACACUUUUGGAAGAUAUUGUUUUAUAAUCUCAUUGAGAUGCUGCGAAAAGCAAUGCCUAAAGAGAACUCGGAAGGACGAGAACGUUACAAGCAGAUAAUGUUAAAUAUCAUUGAUGAGGGUACCACUUAUCUGGAAAGUUUAUUGGCUACUCUCGAGACUACGUAUCAGUUCAAAUUAGAUGCGUUUCUUGCAUCAUCAAGUCUACCUAAGGGUCUUGGACUCUUGGGUUUGGCCUUAGUUAGCGCUCAAAAGAUAUUUUUAUUCUUGGGAGACUUGGCGAGGUACAAGGAGCAAGCAAAUGAAACAAGCAAUUAUGGAAAAUCUAGGCAGUGGUACUUGAAAGCACAACAAAUCAAUCCUAAAAAUGGCAGACCUUACAAUCAACUUGCCUUACUGGCACAUUAUGCAAGACGAAAGUUAGAUGCCGUAUAUUAUUACAUGCGAUCUCUUAUGGCGUCCAAUCCUUUUCAUUCUGCCAGAGAAAGUUUGAUUGGGCUCUUCGAUGAAAAUAGAAAAAAGUAUCUACAUUAUUACGAGUCUAUCGAACGUAAACGGAAGGAAGAAAGGGAGUCGAAGGAACGAGCGAGGAUGAAGGAAAAGGAAGGUGCGAACAUUAUCGGCGGUGGACUAAGGAGAGAGACAUGGAUUCAUCCAGGUGACGGUAGGCGGGUACGACGUACAACGAGCGCGGCCAACGAAGCAAGAUUGUCCCACGCAAGCGACUUGGAGGAGUUAUCGCAAUUAACGAGUGUCGAGGUGAACAAGCGGUUUGUUACUUCAUACCUUCAUGUUCACGGAAAGCUUAUCACCAAGAUAGGAAUGGAAACUUUUCAAGAAGCCGGUGUUCAAAUGCUGAAGGAAUUCAGAGCUUUGUUGCAGCACUCGCCACUACCGCUUCCUGGUACUCGUUUACUUCAGCUUUUGGCGCUGAACAUGUUCGCAAUUGAGACCACGCAGCUAAAAGAUUCUCAAAUGGAGCAAGGCUAUAGAUCAGAAGUCCAAGAACGAGCACUCGUCGUAUCGUUGCAGAUGUUCAGCUUGAUCUUGGAACGUGGUGUCUAUCUACUGAAAGCUCAGCUAGAUAGCGAGCAGGAACCGAGGCUGGUGGUCGGCGAGGAUCUCCAAGUGCUUCUACCGGCUAUUAAGAUCUGGUGCGAUUGGAUGCUUUGCCAUAGCACUGUUUGGAAUCCUCCGCCGUCUUGCACGGAUUACAGAGUCGGACCACCAGGAGAUGCAUGGAGCAGGUUAGCGACGAUGGUGAAUCUUCUAGAGAAAUUAAAUUACACUAGGACGACUCUGAUUCAAGGCAAGGAUACAGAGGAUCGUGAGGAAGACUUGGAACUCGUAAAACUACCGGAAGAUAUCACGUUGGCUGGAUUCACUCCUCUCAUGUUGAAUCCUCAAGAUCCUUGUUAUGUGGAGAAAACGGAAGAUAUGGAAGUGGCUCAGAUGUGCCUCAGGAUAAGCAAGAUUCUCUUCUUCGGUCAAGUGUUCUUGUGCGGUUUGGAGACACCGGUGCUGAAAUUGCAGAAAAGCGAGACCGGCGUCAGCGAAUAUGUUUCCGUGGUCGAGGCUUCGAGCACGAGUUCGCCGAGUUCGCCGCCGACACAGAGCGACUCGGAACUCAUGGUAGAAAGUUACAGCGAGGGAGAGGAAGAUUCGAUUUCUACGUUGAGAAGAUUACCCUCAUGUGGCAACGUGACCGACGAUAUGACGGCUCCCGUGGCGGCUGUCGAGAUAAGGUCGCUGAUCGAGAGGAAGGAGGAACUGGAGAGGCGGCAGCGGAAACAAGAUCGGCAUCGACAGCGAGUACAGGCUAUUUUACAAAAGUCCUCGGUGUCGGUAGAAAUCGAGGUGCGACCGAGACAGCUGGUGCCAGACACUAAUUGCUUCAUCGAUUACCUACAGCAAUUGCAGAUCAUCGCGAGAGCCAUUUCCGGCGCGCAGCCAAUCUACACUCUCAUGGUGCCACUCGUUGUACUAAAUGAACUCGAAGGUCUAGCUCGAGGCGCCGAUGCGAGAGAUUGUCCUCCAGCGUCGAGAGCGACUCUGAAUCCUGAGCAUGUGGUGCGAGUCGCCGAGAGUGCCAAGGCGGCAUUGGCCUUCGCGAGAAGUCGAAAUCCUGCGAUUCGAUGUUUAACCACUAGAGGCACCGUUCUUACAUCCAGCACUUUUACGGUGGAAGAAGAUGUCGACAAGGAUGGAUUGACACGAAAUGACGAUAGAAUAUUGACUACGUGCCUCAGUCUUUGCAGAAGCAACAAAGAUCAAGCAAACGCAGAAGAGGGACAGCCGAGACGUUUGAGACGGGAGGUAGUUCUGCUCACAGAGGACCGGAAUCUCAGGGUGAAGGCUCUGGCCAGGGACGUGCCCGUGAGGGAAGUUCCCGAUUUCAUGCAAUGGGCUGGACUCGGCUGAGAUGACAUGACGUGAUCGCGACGAAACUCCGAGUCUCACUUGACGAGAAAUCUCCUGUGUUCCUGCCGCACGAGCCCGACCAAACGUCAAACAAGACCAAAUGCAACGAGAGAAGAAGUAGAAAAAGAAAAAAAAACCGCUUCGUCAUUGCUGACGAAUCUUCAUUAUGGAUCUCUUUCAUGGUUGAUUGACCGUCGAUUAUGCGCGCACGACAUUGUUAUUGCGUAAGUCUAUCGCAGGUUGGAUAUUCAGAUUGUCUCCCGACGGUGCUUUUUUUUCCUAAAUUUUUAAAAAAUCCAAUUACGGAGAAACCGCGAAGUGCGAUGAACAGAAGCAAGUUUUAGCUGAAGAAAAAGCUAAGCGCGCGCGAUCGCGUAAAAUUGCGAAUGAAGUACGGUACGAAUGACGGAGAAAGAAACAGGCUCGGAGCCUGUCGCUUGCCGUUUCGCUUGUCGGAAACGCGAGCUAUUCGAAGGCUCCUCGAGAAUGAGCGUGACACUACCUUGUACCCCUAACUGUUCCGUGUAUCUCUCGAACGUGCAGAGAUAAAAAUCCCGAAGAGAGUCUUUUCACACGGGGGACCGUAUAACGGGGCGGUCCGAAAGACACGUUGAAUCCAGAACGUUUCACAGCCAUGGCAUACACCGAAGUAAAAUCGAGAGACAACCGACAGGGACAUGAUUGUUUCGAAGAAAAAGCGAAGAAAACGGUAAAAAUAGAGCUUUACUAUCUUGAAGUGCUGUCACUGUUUGUAGAUUGUUUUUAUCGAUAACCGCCUAUUGCGGCUGUAUAACCAUUUUGUAUAAUUUUGUUUGCCAAUAUUACUUUGUUCUCGUGUGAGACGUUAUUAAAACUUUUAUAUCAUAUGUACGGUGUGUAGUUUGAGAUGUGACGACGAUGCAUUCGCGUCAUCGUUCCGCGCGAAUCUGCCGUGACAUUUUCCACAGGAGCCGAUUCUCUCUUCGUUUUCUUAACGCUAAAGUCAUUAACAUCAUUACCUUUAAGCUGCCAUAAAGUGAAUUAUUAACGAUUCGUUUCCAACG